UUUUUAGUGAGUUGGCAAUCGAAGUCAAGUGAAGGAGAGCUGAUUGUUGCUGUUGCCGUGUUCAAAAUUUGUAUACACACGUGUUAUAUGUGAAUUAUUGACGAUGUCUUUCUUUAUUCGCAACAAAACGUCGAAGAAAUCAAAGAAAGAGGAAAAGCAAAAACGCACGUCUUCAGAGAUCAAAAAAUCUAAGAGGAAAUUUGAGGAAACUCUUACUGCUAAAGAAAAAUUCAGCAUUGAUGACAGUGAGGAGGAUGAAGAAGCUGAAGGAGCUACUAGUUCAGAUGAGGAUCUGGCAGAAACAACACAGGAGAAAAAGCUCCGUUUAGCCAAAAAGUAUUUAGAAGAAAUUGAAAAACAAGAACGUGAACGAGCAGAACUACAGGAGGUAGACCAAUCUGUCAUAGAAGGACGACUAAAACAUGACCUAUUGGAGCAGUCUGGUCGGCUGCACAAGAAUGUAGCAGAUAAAUUUAUUGGCUAUGAUUCGGAAAACAUCAAAGUUUUGCGAUGCAAGGAACAUAAUCUUCCUAUUACUUGUUUAGCAGUUUCAGCAGAUAAUAAAUUUAUAUAUUCAGCCUCUAAAGACUGUGUUAUAGUGAAAUGGUGUCUUGUGGACAAAAAAAAGUUAAAAGCUACUCCUAAUCCAAGGAAAUGUUCAGCUGAUUUGAAACAAAAGUGUCAUCAGCAUAGGAUACUCUCAUUAACAAUUUCCACGGAUGGAAAAUUUUUGGCUGCUGGUGAUGAAGGAAAUAUUAUUCACAUUUGGAAUGCUGAUACUCUUCAACACAUGCACACAUUCAAAGGUCAUAAAGGCCCAGUUACUGGCCUUGCCUUUAGGAGAGACACACAUCAACUAUUUAGUGUAUCAACUGAUCGAGCUGUGAAGCUGUGGAGUCUUGAUGAAAUGGCUUGUAUUGAAACUCUAUUUGGACAUCAGAGUGGAAUCACCGCUGUUGAUGCAUUGGCUCGAGAAAGAGCUGUGACCUCUGGAGGCCGUGACAAUUCUCUUCGAGUUUGGAAAAUAGUUGAGGAAUCCCAACUUGUUUUUAAUGGUCAUCAGGGUAGUAUUGAUUGUGUGCGUCUUCUGGAUGAACAGCACUUUAUCUCAGGAGGAGAUGAUGGAACUCUAAGUCUCUGGAGUGCCAUGAAAAAGAAGCCUCUCUGCAGUGUGGUAAAUUCACAUGGUAGAGAUCAGACCACUAAUGAGGCUAAUUGGGUUUCUAGUGUAGCAAGUUUCCUCAAUACUGAUUUAGCUGCAUCAGGUUCAAACAAUGGACAAAUCAUGCUGUGGAAAACUGGUCAAGCAUGCAGAUCACUUGUGUCUGUAUUCCACAUUCCUGUUAAGGGAUUCAUCAAUGGUUUAGCAUUCACAUCUGAUGGUCAAUACUUAGUUGCUGCUGUAGGACAAGAACACCGUCUAGGAAGAUGGUGGAGAGAUCCUAGUGCUAAAAAUAGUGUGAUCGUCAUUCCCCUAAAACAAAAUCCCUCAUAAUAUAAAGAAUAAAGAAUUUCUAUAACUACA